AUGUCCAGCCUAGCAUUGUUGUUGAACCUUCUCGACGAAUUGGAUCGUGAAGCUCCAUCCUACUAUGGCAACGAUUUCGGUUUGGGUCUAUCGCCUUACUUGAUCCAUAGCCAUGCCCACCGUGAACCUAUAACUAACUCUGUCGGAUAUACUCUACCUUUGAGCUUGCUAAAUCGCCUGAGUGAACGCCAAGCUGCCAGAUCUCGUCGCGGUGAAAAAAAGGAAGACCGUGUAUCACCCGUUGGUAAAGAUGGCUUCCAAGUUUGUAUGGAUGUGGCCCAAUUCAAACCCAACGAAUUGACAGUCAAAGUCGUCGACAAUUGCAUCGUCAUUGAGGGUAAACACGAAGAACGUGAGGAUGAGCACGGUUACAUUCAGAGACACUUCGUCCGUCGAUAUGUCCUUCCCAAAGGUUAUGAUGCCGAAAAGGUAGCUUCGACUCUGUCGUCGGAUGGCGUCUUAACUGUCAGUGUACCAAAGCCUCAAAUUGAGGAUAAAUCAAAUGAACGCGUCAUCCAAAUUCAGCAAACAGGACCAGCACAUUUGAAUGUGAAACAGAAUGCCGAGGAAAAGCCAGCCGAUUCGAAGGACCAAAAGGAAGAGAAGAAGUAA